AUUAUGUUUCUUAGGCUUUUAGCAGGUUUGUGGGGGGCCUUGUGUAUUUAGAUCACGAUUUGGAUCCUUUAUUGUAUUGUUGCCUUUGGGUCAUGUAAUGCAAUUCUCCAUUUGGAGUUUCAAACAAAAGGAGAUUCAACGUAAAUUUUGAAGUUGGUGCAGUGAUGUUCAGCAAAAGCAAAUAAUCGGUCAACUCUCUCUCUCUCUCUCUCUCUCUCUCUCUCUCAAUGGAGGAGAUUCAACAUAAGUUUGUUGGCAUAAGAGGGGUGAAGCUUCAUAUUGCCGAGAUUGGAACAGGAUCUUCAGCAGUGGUUUUCAUACAUGGGUUCCCUGAGAUUUGGUAUUCAUGGAGACACCAAAUGCUUGCAGUUGCGAAUGCUGGAUACCAUGCAAUUGCUCCAGAUUUAAGAGGCUAUGGAUUAUCUGAGCAUCAUCGAGGACCUGAAAAGGCAUCCUUCAAUGACUUUGUGGAGGACACCAUUUGUAUCCUUGAGUAUUUUCAGAUUGAGAAGGCAUUCCUGGUUGGAAAAGAUUUUGGUUCCUGGCCUGUUUAUCUACUCUCCCUUCUCCACCCAACAAGAAUUGCUGGAGUUGUAUCAUUAGGUGUGCCAUUCUUUGUUCCGAGGCCCCAGCGAUACAAGGAACUUCCUGAAGGUUUCUACAUCACUAGGUGGAAGGAACCUGGACGAGCUGAGACUGACUUUGGAAGAUUUGAUGUGAAAACUGUAUGGAGGAAUAUUUACAUACUCUUUUCAAGAAGUGAAAUUCCCAUAGCAGAGAAAGAUAAGGAGAUCAUGGACUUGGUGGAUCCAUCCACUCCUCUACCACCAUGGUUGAGCAAUGAGGAUCUUGCUGUCUAUACAACAUCAUAUGAAAAAUCUGGAUUUGAUUCUCCAAUGCAAGUCCCUUACAAAGGACUGCGAGAAGACUUCGACAUGGAUGACCCAAAAGUUGAGGUUCCAGUGCUGCUAAUCAUGGGAGGGAAAGAUUAUUUCCUUAAAUUCCCAGGGAUUGAGGACUACAUAACAAGUGGAAAAGUAAAGGAUUAUGUUUCUAAUUUAGAUAUGAAGACCUUGCAGGAUGGUACCCAUUUCAUUCAAGAGCAAUUUCCAGACCAGGUGAAUCAGUUAAUCAUCAACUUCCUUGAGAAGCAUUCUUGUUAAAAUAAUUUCUUCUUGCAAGUGAAGAAAUCUUGGGCAUUUGGCUGUUCUGGAAACUACAUUGGAAAUCUAUGUACACUCAAGUUGAUAUCUAUUACUAUAAAAUUACAUUCAUAUUAAUAA